CUGGGCGGAGCCUGCAGCCCCGUCCGACUCGCCUCCGGGAGGGACAUAAAAGGAAAGACGGAGGCUCCCGACCUCUUUUGCUCUGCAACGCGGGGUUGCCAGCUACUUUUGCAAAAAAGAAAAAGUGUCAUCUGCAAACAGUGGCCAUGGCUUCCUUGUUCGCGGGCGAACUGGCUCGCCGCCCCCGCCGCCGAAGGGGCACCAGGACCUGCUGCCAGGGGUGCCUGCCUGCUUCCCCCAGCAACGAGCCAAGCAAACCCAUGGCCAAGCAAGCCUCUUUGCCUUUUGCCCAGUCCCUGCCCCCUGCUACUACCAUCAAGGAGGAGCUGCUGUGCCCCAUCUGCUAUGAGCCCUUCAAAGAUGCCGUCACCCUCCGCUGCGGGCACAACUUCUGCAAAGGCUGCGUGAGCCGGUCCUGGGAGAACCAGGCCCACCAUGUCUGCCCCGUGUGCAAGGCAGCCUGCUCCCCUGAGGAGCUCCGCACCAACCACACCCUGGCCAAUAUUGUGGAGAUGUUCCUCUUGCAGGAGAAGAAGAAGCAGCAGCAGCAGGGGGAGGCUGGGGAGUCCUCUCCCCUCUGUCCUGUGCAUGGAGAGGAAGCCAAGCUCUUCUGCCUGGAGGACAAGGACCUGGUCUGCUUUGUGUGCCAAAGCUCCAAGCAGCAUGUGGACCACAGGAUGAAGCCUGUGGCAGAGAUGGCCAAGAACUACAGGGCUAAGUGCAAAGACAUGGAAAGCUCCCUGCAGGACAAGGUGAAAGAAUUUGGAAGAAUAAAGUCUGAUUUCAGGCUCAUUGCAAACCACAACAAGGAAGAAAGUGCUAUGUUGGAGAAGGAGAUUAAAAAGCAGUUUGAACAACUGCACAAGUUCCUGCAGAAUGAGGAGAAGACUAUUCUGGAAGAGUUGCGGGAGGAGGCCCGGAAGAAGCAGGACCUGAUUGAAGACAAAAUCAGGGAGCUAUCGGAAGAAAGCAAUGUCUUGGUACAGGAAGUUGGCCAGCUGCAGGCUGACCUGAAGGAGGAGGAUGUUUCCUUCCUCAAGAAACACAAAAACCGGAAACGCAGAAUUGCCUGGACAGUAGAACAGCCAGAAGCAAUCCCACCAGGGACUCUGAUAGAAGUCACCAAGUAUUUGGGCUCUUUGCAGUAUAAUGUAUGGAAGAAGAUGCUGAAUAUCAUCAAAGUUGUCCCGUUCAGCUUUGAUCCCAAUACAGCUGACAGUUGGUUGGGAGUUUCUGAUGAUCUCACCAGCAUUAACACCUGCAAGUACAAGCUGAUGGUGGAAGUCCCUGAACGCUUCUCCAUGGGCAUGCCAUGUGUCCUGGGCUCCAAGAGCUAUUCCAAAGGGUCUCACAUUUGGGAGGUCGAUAUUGGCAGCAUUGAGUCCUGGUACAUCGGGGUGGCCAGUAAAUCCUGUGGCCGCUAUUGGAGCUUUGGCUGUGAUUCCCGUUUGGGGCUUGGCUACAUGUCCCGCAUGCAGGGUACCAAGAGCAGGAAAGGCCAGUCCUUCCAGCCCAUCCUGUCAGAGACUGGGCGCAGGAAGAACCUCAAGAGAGUGCGAGUGGAGCUGGACUGUGACGAAGGGGAGCUCUCCUUCUAUGACACUGAGCAGAAGAGCCACGUCUACACUUUCCAUGACAAGUUUGGAGAAGUCUUUCCGUACUUCUGCAUCUGCAGCGUACAUGCCGGGUCACCAUCUGAGCCAUUCAAGAUCUGCCCGUUUCAGGUUCAUAUCAAGAAAGACUAUCCAAACUGAGUUUAUCCCUCCCUGUGCACCCAUACAUCCUUGCAAAAGCUUGCCUUUCUUACCUAACCAACACUGAGGCAGUAAAGAGAACCUAGACUAUUCUUCAAUAUUUAUGAUAUGGAGACAUUCUCAGCAAGGCCAGAAAAAGUGGCUGUCUUAAGCUGCAGUUUUGGGGUUGCCAUUCAGAUUUAAUCCACUCUGGAAGUUCUACACAAUCCUCCUUGUGAACAGAAAGGGGCGCAAGAGCAGCUUGCUACGGAGAAACCUCUUUAUGUGCAGAUAAAUAGGGGAGGGAGGGUACUUGAGCUGCCCAGUUAAACCGUGUGUUUGUGUAAGGGGCUGUGUUUUAUUCACAGUGCAAUCCACGCCCCAACACAUUAAUGUAGGGACUUGGCAUGAGCAUGACAGCACAUGUAUGAGAUGAAUCUAGCAUGCUGCUGCCUAUGCUUUGAGGUAGUAGCUAUGAGAAGGGAGGCGGCAGGCAGGCUGGCUGUCAUUUUAAUGGGGUGGAUGGAUGAAUACCACAAAAUGGCUUUCUUGCUGCCUAACCAUCUGGCAGACGCCUAUCCCUGUUCCUCCUCUCUAGAGCAGCAGAGGCGGCUGUAAUUAAGCCCUCAUCAUCAAGCCAUCUCCUACUCUGCACCAGGCACAGCAAAAGAUUUAUAGGGGCUUGGGAAAGGGCUUGGAAUAGACAAGGCGGGCCCUGAUUGGCUCUGAACUGUCAGCAUUAUGUCACCAUCACCCAAUCAAAAGAUACCACCUCCCCACUGAGCAUGUGUUAGAAGUCUAGCAGGGGAAGUAACCCUUUUAUGGCUCUCGGCUUUGGAGAUUUCUGGUUACUUCAUAUUUCCUGGCAGAGGGUAAAUCUGUAACUGUCCCUUAUAUUCUGACCCCCAAAGCAUUGCUAUACCUUUAAAAAAAAAAGCUGCAUGACAGGCAGGUAUUUCAUCAUAUGAAGUUUCCUACCCAACCCAAUAUGAGUGAUGGUUCAUUUGGAGUAGGAAAGCACCCCUUCCGAAAAGCAAAACAAAAUGUGACACUUUGUUUGCAGCACCAGGGCUUGAGGAAGAUGCUGUAUAACUGUGAUGGGGAACCUUUUUGGCCCACCCACACACUCCUGCUACUCAUCUGUCAAAGUUGGCCUGCAGGGAAAUAGUGACCAAGCGGAAUUGAGCUCCUAGCCUGUCAGCUGAUGGACCAGGGAGUUCAAUCCAGCUCUCCAGCUGCAGGUCACAUCUGAUGUUGGAUGUUGGGCACAUGGAUGUGGUUUGGGGGAAACUGCUUGUGUUUCAUUUGGGGAGGAAUAUCUGGCCAAAUUUGACCCAUGGGCCAGAGGUUCCCUGCUGUAUGCAAUGGAGAUGGUUUAAACAAAUUCUCUAUGCUGUGUAGUCUCCAUGGAAAUAGGUAGGCAACUUUUUAGUCAACAUAUUUUUUGCUGGGCUGCAUGCUGUGAAAAGUGACAGGUUUUUGUCAAGCUGCUCUUAAAAGCCCAGGAACAGGAAAAAUGCAGUUUCUUUCUGAUCUGUUGACAGCUGCAUUUGGGAUUGUCCUGGUGGAAGUGUUUUACUCAUUUGCUGGGUCUGCUCACCAUAUCUGGAGUUGUUAAAGGAAUGCCAUUUCAGGAUAGAUGGGCUAUGGCUGUGCCUCUCCCAGCCUUGUUUAUAUGGAGCUUUGCUUAAGUUCUGUAAGCAUUUCAUCUG